CGAUACACAUCGAAUAAUUCGUAAAUACUUGCUAAUGUCCUCUGUACAAUCGCUGCGUAGACAUCCAUACCCGUGGAUUCCGUGAUAUGGAAUUUGACGACUUUUAUUGAGGCAGGAUGGAAAUAUAUGAAGUAACUCAGCAUCAUCGCAUCCAAACGCUCGUUGAUUAUAAUCAGUUUUUCCAUCCGAAUGUUUGUCACGUUUGCAAAUCGACAGACCAAAGUAAUUUGAUAUCAUGUGCACGGUGUCACAUGAUUUCUUAUUGUUCGGAGGAGCACAGAAAGCAGCAUCUAUCACACCAUGAAGAUAUCUGUACAGUUAUAGCAAUGUUCAUAGAUGAAAAUCCAGAAUGGAAUACACAACGUUUAACCGCCAAUUGUUGGAUUGAAAAACAGAAAAAUCUGAUCCAAAUAUGUGGAGCAGUACUCGGAUAUCAAUUGAAGACGUACGAAGUGCAGAUGUUCAUGUUCGCGAAAGUAUGUUUUAUAUGUCAUCAACGACAUAAUUUAUUUACUUGUCAAAAAUGCUUUUGCAUCAGCUAUUGUAAAGAUCACAUGUCAGAAAGAUCUUUGCACAUAUUUGCCUGUAAGGAUCUGGCGUUAAGUCUCAACUUGGAUAUUAUAUUUCUUGAAAGAACGCCGUGGACAGCAAUAUAUGUUAAAUGCCCUAAUUUUCUUAAUAAGAAGAAACCCUUUACAGAUAUGAAUUUAUUUUGUCAUCAAUAUUACGAAGAACUAAGAAAAUAUAACAGAUGGAGUUUUAACGUUUACUCCUUUACUGAUUACGUAUCGGGACCGUUGACUCUAUACAAGGCGUUGCAGAUUGCAAAUUUAUUCCACUUACAGAAAGAAACACAUACCUUCAUCAUUCAUAUCAUAGCCGCAAACUAUGUGGAUAGACGCAAUUUUCCAGCUUGGGAGUAUUUCUUACAUCUCUUAAGUAAAAAAGUAAUGAAGAUAGUAAUUGUUAUGAUAGGACCAGAAUUACAGUACGAAAAUAAUGAACACAACGUUUGCUCCCGUUGCAAAGCAGCUAACAGAAGACUCAUUUUACAAUCUUUUCCUCUGUUGUAUCACAAUUAUACGUUCAGUAGUGACUACAGGCGACCAAAUGUGAUUGUUGGCUUUCAAGCAGAACUUGAUGGCGAGUCAUGGUCGGAAUCAUUAAAAGCAAUACAGACCCAGAACUGUCUGUUACUUUUAACCGCUAAAUCGCGACUUCGAGCAUAUUGGGAUAUAAUUAAGAUACAACAAGUUCUAGGCACAUUUAUAAAACCUGUUCUUGAAAUGACAAAUUAUUUUGUUUCAUGUAGGCCAUAUAGGGACCUUGAUACUGGUUAUGUAUUCCUCCCUAACACUUAUUUGGUUAUGUACAAGAAUUUAAGCAUAUCGAUUGAAGCAAGUAACAGUACUGUCAAUAAUUAGUUUUAAAUGUUCUUAUAAUAUAUAAUUACACACACACACACACACACACACACACACACACACACACAC